AUGCUGAGAACUGUUAAAGCGAAAAACGCAAGAUCGAAGCGUGCGAUGGAUGGCCGGGCACCCAAGGUUGUGGAGAAUACGAAGCAAGCGUUGUUUGUUCCGGGUGCCAACUCCAACAAGCUGCUGCACGAUGCGAUGGUUGAUUUGUGUGCGCUCAAGAAGCCUGAUGGGAAGCGAUUCCAGAAGAAAAACGACGUCCGGCCGUUCGAGGACAGUUCUUCUUUGGAGUUUUUCUCGGAGAAAAACGACAGCUCGCUGCUGGUUUUCUCGUCUCACAAUAAAAAGCGUCCCAACACCCUGACGUUUGCCCGCACCUUCAACUACCAGAUCUACGACAUGGUCGAGCUUAGCAUUGUCCAGGCCAAGUUGCUGCAGGAAUUCAAAAAGACCACAUUCCACGUCGGGCUCAAGCCCAUGUUUACUUUCAAUGGCGAAGUGUUCGAGUCGCACCCCACUUUUAUUCAGAUCAAGUCACUGUUCCUUGACUUUUUCCGGGGCCAAGAAAGCGAGGCAUUGGAUCCGGCAGCAUUGCAGCAUGUCAUUUCCAUCACGGCCGAGAAUGUCGACGACGACUCUCCUUCGCUUCCUCUGGUUCAUUUCCGCGUUUAUCUUCUCAAGACAUACAAGUCGACCACACCCAAGGUCCCACGAGUUGAGCUUGAAGAGAUUGGACCCCGGUUUGACUUCAAGGUCGGCCGGACCCAAGCGGCUAACCCUGAUAUGGAGAAACAGGCCAUGAAGCGGGCCAAGAUCGAAGAGAAGACCAAGAAGAACGUAGAGACCGACAUUAUGGGCGACAAGGUUGGCCGCAUCCACAUGGAGAAGCAGGACUUUGGCAAGCUGCAGACCCGCAAGAUGAAGGGUCUGAAGCGUCAGUUCGACCAGGUCAGCGAGGAGGAAGACAGUGGAGAAGAGGAAAGCGGAGAGGACUUUGGAGAGUUCUCGGAUUGA